UACAACUGAACUGUUUCCAAGAGAGAAAGAGAGAGGGACAAAUAUUUAGCAGACACACCUUAAUAACAAGAGAGGUAAUCUGGAAGUGAACUGAUGCCGUUUCUCCUUCUGAGGUCAGUCUGAAGAACUUUCCACAGAGAAGUACCGUUCAAGAUUGAUUUUGAGUUCUGGACCAGGCAGAAGUACCAGAAAGAUUGUCCCGUGUGCGGAGCAUAAUGGCCGAGCCGGACUAUAUGGAUGGUGACAGUGAAGAACUCAUUAAACCCCAGAAACUCAUCAACCCGGUGAAGACUUCUAGAAAUCAUCAGGAUUUGCACAGAGAGCUCCUCAUGAACCAGAAAAGAGGCCUUGCUCCUCAAAAUAAGCCAGAACUCCAGAAGGUGAUGGAGAAGAGGAAGAGAGACCAGGUGCUGAAGGCUCAGAAAGAGGAGCUGGAGGCCCACAAGAGAAGAUCAGACCUUGAAAUCGAACUCAUGAAGAGACGGGAGACACUUGAACAGUUGGAACUAGAGAAUGAUAAAAUCGAAGAGGAGCAAGAAAACACCCCAGAGUUCAUCAAAAUGAAAAGCAAUCUGAGAAGAACCAAACAGGAAGUGGAUGGGCAGGAGCGUGCCACCUAGAAACAUUUGUUGACAUGACAACUAGACUGUGGUUUGUGGGGAUUUCCUGGUGUUCCUUCCCCAUGUGUCCCUGUGAAACACGUGAUUAUAGAUGAUUGGUUCCAUUUGCCUGCUUGCAGACUCAGCCAGUAUUCACUCAGCCUCUUGUCCUGAACAACAAUCAUAAAUAAUGAGGAUAACUUUACAUACUUAAUGUACUCAAACAAACUCUUGCACAUGGGCACAGCCUCUUUGCCACUGGUUGGCUUCAAAGUACAUGCAUGGUGGAACAGAAUCAAGACGAUGUGGUUGUGGUUGAGGGCUUUUUCUUUUACUUUUUUUGGAGGGGGACACAUUUUUGCUAUUUUUAUUUUCGAAAGCCGAAAUGGAACACUGGAUGGACUCUUUUAAGCCAAAAACAAUGCUCUUUUAUUUAUGCUCAGUGUAAGCUUUUUGUUAGCUUUUUGGCUCCUCAAGUUCAAGACUCACAUUUUCCUCAUGGUUGAGGAUAUAAAAAAGAAAAAGUGACCUAAAUAUAAAAUUCCAACAGUGCAAGUUUUGCUUGUGUGAUGCGCCAUGCUUGCUUUUUAUAAAUUGUAAUAUUUGUGCUCUCCCUCUGCUAAAUUUCAUAAGUAAUACUAGUUCUAGGUUUGUGAAUUUUCUUUAACAAAUGUUUUUGUUAUACUUUUUUACAAAUAUGUUACUAAUAACUUAAUACGCUUUAGUUCAAUGUGAUAUUCAAUGCAAGGGCAUUGGUUUUCCUUCACUUGAGUGGUAGCUGUUUGCAAUCAGAAAAGUCGAAAGAGAACAUAAGAAGUUUAUUAAAAGAGACACUUGGUUUUGUGUAGAUUUGAGCCAGUAAAUAACCAUUCUUUGUGCUCCCUUAAAACUUCUUUUAAUAAAUAUUAUUUUAUCAUGUUGAAUUCUACGUUAAUUCCAUCUCUGUUUGAAUCUCUGCAUGAUCAAAAGGAAUCUCAUAAAGAGAUUUUCUACUACCACAAUGGAAAUUAAAAAUACCACAAUUAAGUAUUUUAUUCAGAUGAUUGUCAGAUAGUAUAAAUGAGAGAAUGGAUAAAAAAUAAGUCAAGCAAAUUCAAGCAUUCACAGAAGAUAAAAAGGUAGGAGCUGGUGAGUCAUAAGGCGUAUGCACAGCAAGAUCUGCACCUCCCAUGAAAUAAAAUGAAACUGUCCCUUUGAAGGGAUCAACCUGUGUCUAAAACACCAUUCAAGGCUCUUAUUUCUAUAUCUGAACCCCUCAAACCCUAUACCUGUCUUUAAAUUUCUUAUAGUAAGUAUAGUGACACUUUUAUUAUUAUUUAGUGUCUGACAAUGCAGCAAAUUUAUAGUCAAAUGCAUAGGGAAUAUGUUCCUCCAAUGACGUGAUAAUGACCUCUUUUCAGUCACUACACAUAACAAAAUAAGAAAUACAGUAGAUAUGAAAAUAUAGCAAAUCUCAAUUCCAGGGUUUCUUAUGUAACUGCUCUAUGGAACAGCUGGCAACAGAAAUUGGAGUGAGUAAACUAUGUCAAAGAGACUAACAUGGUUGUGAAAAAUUGAAAGGACUUUAACAGCUGCAAUAACUCGUAUGUAAAAAUGUAAAUGUAAUUGUUUUACACUAUUUGGCAUAUAUUUAGCACAUUGUGUCCCAAAGGGGACUUAUCUUAUGAUCCAUGUAUGGUCUUUCAAAGUUUUGGCUUAUGGAAAAUUAAAUGGGUUGAAUCUGCUUUUUAAAGGGAUCAUGAUGAGCCUGCGGCUGCGCGCCCAUUGCAUACGGCGCCCCAACCCAAUUUGGAGGCGUCGGUUGUGACCAGAACGCAUCGGGACACCUGCUGCAAGGGUACUCCUGCCCUUAGGAAGCAGAGGUCUGUCCAGGGUUUGAAGGUUUGGCGGCAGGCAAAUAAAUAUAUAUCAAAUAUUUAUUCCUUGAGGUCCACUUAUAAAGUUAGUAAAGUUUAUUACACAAAAUACAGUCAUGUAUUUGUAAAACAUGAUCAUUUUCCACCCUCAUUCUGACCCUCUGUCAGAAACACUUGGUUUUGUUGCUUUUUCUCCUUUAAGACUUGCCAGUAAACGCCCAAUUUUCUGAUUGGCUCUCUGCUCUUGACUGACCUGCUCUUUCUACUUCCCAUCUCACUGCUCACUGCUACUGGAAGUGGUUAAAGGUAAAGUGGGCGUUGAUGUGUUGUGGAGGUGGUCGGAUGGAAAUCUCUACCGCAGUGUGACAUCACAAUGAGGAGGAAGUUGAAAAGGAGUCAUUUGUCAGAUUGGUUUCAACAAAUGCUCUUUUUGCAGUGAGGAGGAAGUUUUGAGUUUUGAAACUUAAAGUAUAUUCUUAUAAUACAAUGACUUCUUAGAUGUCAAAAGAUCAAGAAAAAUUUGAUUCCUCAUGUCAUGACCCAUUUAAGAAAACAAAUUAAUGAAACUAUGGGGCCUACUUUUCUUCUAGGUUGACAGUUUUAUAACUGAGAUUACUAACCAGAUUUGAUUUUUUUUUUACAGAAAGUGAAUAUAUCACAGAAAGUUUCUGCAAAGCUGUUUUAUUAAUGUCUUGAAAUACCACACAUUGGAAUAUAUAUUUGCCAAAACAAUACUGGCAUACCAUAUACUGUAUAUAAAAGUGUGAACAAAAAAGGAGGAAAAUAAAAU